AAAAACAGAGAAUCAACGGCGUGGAUGCAUUUGAUCGGCGGACCGUAGGGAGCGCACCGAAACAGUGACGCUUUUCUUGAUCUUGGCUGCUGCAAGCAAUUCCACCGUCACGCCACGCCACGUAUAUACGCCAUAGUCGACAUCCCAUCCCUCCUUGCUUGCUUUCUUUUUCCCUUCCAAUUUCAACUGCCCUCCCUCUCUCCAUCUCUCUCUGCAAUUUUGCCCUAAACCCUUUUCCCAAUUCGAUCGGGAAAAGCUUCAGCCGCGCUUCGUUUCGAGGUGUUCUCGCCUUUUCAUGGGAGUUUGUUGCUCGAUAGUGGCGUGUUCCUGAUUUCUACACUUUUGUCGAGUGGAUGAAUGCAAAUUGAAUUAGGCGGAAAAGAGUGAGAUUGAGGACAUGGAGAACGGAGUCGGCGGAGGCGCGGUGGUUUGCUCGGCGGAGACGGCGAACGGCGGCGAGGAUUUGUAUAGCUGCAAGGCCUCCGAUGCUUCGUCUGUCAAUCAUCUCGUUGUUAUGGUCCAUGGGAUUCUAGGAAGUGCAUUGGACUGGAAAUUUGCUGCUGAGCGGUUUGUUCGUACGCUUCCUGACAAAGUUUAUGUUCACUGCAGUGAAAGAAAUGCAUCGAAGCUGACUCUUGAUGGUGUGGAUGUGAUGGGGGACCGAUUGGCUAAAGAGGUUGUCGAAGUUAUCAAGAGGAAGCCAGGUUUGAAGAAAAUUUCCUUUGUUUCACAUUCUGUUGGAGGGCUCGUGGCCAGAUAUACUAUUGGGAAGUUAUACGAAUCUCCAAAAAGGGGAAAUGGAGAAGAAGUAUCAGGUAAUGAUUGUGUUGAAGAGUCGAAGGGUACAAUAGCAGGUCUUGAACCAAUAAAUUUUAUCACUGUUGCCACUCCUCAUCUCGGUUCUAGGGGUAAUAAGCAGGUACCGUUUCUUUUUGGGGUGCCUGCAUUCGAGAGAGUAGCUGGUCUUGUAAUUCAUUUAAUAUUUAGGAGAACCGGGAGACAUCUCUUUCUUCGAGAUGAUGAUGAGGGAAAGCCUCCGUUGCUGAAACGCAUGUUAGAAGAUAACGAAGAAGGCAGUUUUAUGUCUGCUUUGCGAUCUUUUGAGCGCAGGGUAGCAUACUCUAAUGUUGGCUACGACCAUAUUGUAGGGUGGAGAACUUCAUCAAUUAGGCGCAACAGUGAACUGCCCAAGUGGGAGGAUGCUGUUGACGAAAAAUAUCCCCAUGUCGUGUUUGAAGAGCGCUGCAAGGCGUGUGACAAGGAUCAGGAUGAGGACGGGCAUACAAUGGGAAAUGAUGGUCUGGAUGAGCUGGAAGAGGAAUUAGUGAAUGGCCUCUCCCGGGUGUCGUGGGAGAAAGUUGACGUAAGCUUCCACACCAGCAAACUGAAAUUUGCUGCCCACAGUAUUAUUCAGGUGAAGGACCUUAGCAUGCACUCAGACGGUGCAGAUGUCAUACAGCAUAUGAUUGAUCGAUUUCUUCUAUAGGAGAGCGCCGGGCCGGCUCUCUCAUAUUCAUGAGUCUUAUAAAACGAUAUAUUUAAGGUUUUUGGGUCAUAUUACAAGAGAUCCCUUCAUCCAUCCAUCCAUCCCUAAGUAAGUGCAGUUUUGGGGAACCAAAAUACUUGUUUGUUGUGUUGCCUUCAAUGUAAAUGUAUUAUUCAGAAUGUUUGAAUUUGUUUUAUCUGAAUUGAAACUUGGCUGUACACUUUUUAACAUUAAUUUUCUGUGAUAUAAUAUUUAUAUAUAUAUAUAUUA